AUGGCUGACGCGGAGAAGGUUUGCUAUUCCUACACUUAUUCAUUCACUACACCAUAUGAACCGUGUAAGAAUAUUUGUGUCAGAAUGGACAGUUCAAGCAUUUUUAUAGAAUGUGGUAGUAGUCAAGGGGAAGAUGUAGAAGUUGAUCACGGUGAUUGUGGUGGUUAUGAUGAUGACACACUUUGGGUUCCUACAAUCGGGAUGUGUUUUUCUUGUCUAGAGGAAGUUAAAACAUAUUAUCAAGAGUAUGCUUUAAAAAAGGGGUUUGGAUGGAGGAUUAGAUCAUCGAAAAAAGGAGAUGAUGGGGAGGUCAACUACCUAAUACUUUCAUGUUCAAGAGAGGGGUCUAACAUUUCAAAAAUUUCAUGCACGUUAAAGACACUACCAUCUAGAGCAAAAAAUUGUUCUGCCAAGAUUUAUAUUAAAUUGAAACAAGAUGGUUUUUGGUACAUUACACAAUUUGAAUCUAACCAUUCUCAUGAGACUAGCCCUACAAAAGCAAGAUUGUUCAAGGCUAACAAGAAAAUGAACUUACAUGUGAGGAGAAUAAUCCAAAUCAAUGAUGAUGCGAGAGUAAGGAUCAACAAGACUUUUCAAUCGCUUGUUAAAGAUGCAGGAGGACAUGAAAAUAUUCCUUUUUGUGAAAAAGAUGUGAGGAAUUAUAUUAACAAAGAGCGUCGUGCAAUUGGAAAAGAAGGUGAUGAUUUGGAUGAUGAUUUUCAUGUGAGGAAUGUAUUUUGGGCUGAUGCAAGAAGUAGAGCCGCUUACGAAUAUUUUGGAGAUGUUGUAACUUUUGACACAACAUACUUGACUAACAAAUAUGACAUGCCUUUUGCUGCAUUCGUUGGUGUGAAUCACCAUGGUCAAUCAACAUUACUUGGUUGUGGAUUACUUUCAGGUGAAGACACGGAUUCUUUUGUGUGGUUAUUUAAGUCAUGGCUUCGUUGUAUGCUAGAAAAAGCACCUUUGGGUAUUGUGACCGAUCAAUGUAAGGCUAUGAAAAAUGCUAUUGAGUUAGUCUUCCCUACAACUAGUCAUAGGUGGUGUUUAUGGCAUAUAAUGAAAAAAAUUCCAGAAAAGCUAAGUGGAUAUGGUGAAUACAAAAGGAUCAAGUGGGCACCAACUUUGUUAAGGGUCUAUUUUUGGGUUGGUAUGUCAACUACGCAACGUAGUGAGAGCAUACAUGCUUUCUUUGAUGGAUAUAUCAAUUCUACAACAAGUCUAAAUCAGUUCGUGAAACAAUAUGAUAAUGCUCUUAGAAGUCGGGCGAAAAAGGAAUUUGAAGCUGAUUUUAAUUCGAUGGAUACAACAAUUCCAUGUGGGUCAAACUCGUCCAUUGAGAAGCAAUUCCAAAGUGAGUUUACGAAUGCCAAAUUCAAGGAAAUUCAAGUGGAAUUCAGAUCUAAAAUGAAUUGUUCUGCCUCAUUAAAUAGCAUGGAAGAUUGCUUUGCUACGUAUCAUGUGUUGGAGGAGAUAUUAAUUGGAGACAUACGCAAAGAGCGAGUCUUAAAAGUUGUGCUUAAUAAGGAAAACCACGAUUUCAAAUGUGAAUGCUCAUUAUUUGAGUUUAGAGGUAUUGUGUGUCGGCAUGUGUUAUCCGUGUGUAGUCAGGAGAGGAUUGUAAGUCUUCCAGAGAAGUAUGUUUUAACGAGAUGGAAGAAAAACAUUAAAAGGAAGCAUUCAUAUAUCAAGACUAGUUAUGGUGUAACAGAGUUGAAGCCACAAAUGGACAGGUUUGACAAAUUAUGCAAGCAUUUUUAUGAGGUUGCUGAAGUAGCAGCUGAGUCAGAAGAGACUACCGAAGACCUCCAUGAAACAUUACGUUUGUUUAGCUCUAAUAUGUCCACAAAGGAUAGUUCCCUUAUUGAAGAAAAUCUAAAUGAUGAUUUUAAUCCAAUCAAUAGUAAUAGAAUUCGCAGUCCAAAACAUGUCAAGCGCAAAGGUCGUCCUUCAUCUAAAAGGAAAACAUUUGUCGUCGAAACGAUCGCCAAGAGGUCAAGGAAACGAACAAAAAAAAGUGAUCACGCUGAGCUUACUACAGAGUGCAAUAUUGGAAUGGUGGAAAAUCAGUUUGGAAGUAAUAUUUGUGUAGAAUCAUCUCUUGAGGUUGUUAAUGGAGAGCAUUACUUAGAUUCGAGUAUUGCGGUUGGAAAUUGUAUGUCAUUCAUGGAUCUUUUGACAACAUGUGAAACAACCUUGACGGGUUCAUCUCAAGUUAUUCAGGUGGAAUAUUCGGGUGGGAUGUUGAAAGAUUGUAAAUUGAAUUUUGUAUUAAUCCAAAUUGUAAAUGAUGCAUCCCAGACUUGGUUAAUACACUGCACGAAGUUGGUUAAUGGAAGUUUAACUUCGGUUAGUGCAGUGCCAGACUUUAAAAUAAGAGAAAUUGCAGUCCCAGACUUGGUUAAUACAUUGCACAAAGUUGGUUAA